AUGGAGCAGAAGAUAACACUGCAAGAGAGUAACCGCGAGUUAAAUGAUUCGAAUAUCAGUCACCUUGAAUCUGAUACCGAUGGAAGCCCUGACAACAUUUAUCUCAACCGCACAGGGAAAAAGCCUAUCCUCAAGCGAACUUUCGGCACACUCUCGAUUCUAGGAUUCAGCUGCAUCACUCUGAGUACCUGGUCGGGAUCCUACAUAACAUUUGGUGUUGGUCUUGUGAACGGAGGUUAUGCUGGCUUACUUUAUGGCUUCCUAGUCGUUUGGGCUGGAACAUUAGCCACAUUCAUAAGUCUUGCAGAAUUGGUUUCAAUGGCUCCGACAUCAGGUGGACAGUAUCAUUGGGUAUCUAUACUUGCACCAGUCAAUUGCCAAAAGAUUGCCAGCUAUGUUACAGGGUGGCUCACAGUAGCAGGCUGGCAAGCAGGCGUCGCCGCCUCUUUAUACAUCUUAGGCACGCUCGUCCAAGGUCUCAUACAAGUCUGUGCACCAAACUACGUACCUCAACUCUGGCACGGAACACUUCUAUUCUAUGCAAUCACUAUUUUCUGCGUUCUGAUAAACCUGAGUGGCGAGGUGCUACCAAAGGUUGAAAGCGCCAUACUAUUCGUCUUCGUCAUUGGAUUUAUUGCUUGUAUGGUACCGAUGGUUUGGCUCUCUCCCCACGCAAGUGCGAAAACAGUGUUUACGACCUGGAUUAAUGAUGGUGGAUGGAGCUCGCAGGGAACCUCGUUCUUCGUGGGUCUGGCUGGAAAUGCUUUUGCGUUCCUUGGAGCGGAUUCGGCGUAUCAUAUGUCAGAAGAGAUCCACAACGCGGCAGUAGUAGUUCCACGAGCCAUCAUUCUAAGUAUCACAAUCAACGGCGUCGUCGGAUUCGCAGCACUCAUUUCUAUUCUCUUUUGCCUCGGAGACGUAGAUGAGUUAUUCCAAACUAAAUUCUCCUACCCAUUCAUGCAAGUCUUUCUAAAUGCAACAAAAUCUACGGCUGGAACAGCCGUGAUGGUAGUCAUCGUAAUCAUCACCGGCAUUGGUCUUGGUAUCGCUGCCGUCGCCGCAGGAUCUCGUAUGUUAUGGGCAUUCGCUAGAGACAAAGGAGUUCCUGGUUGGAGACACGUAAACCCCAAAACCUCAAUGCCAACAACCGCAAUCGCAUGUACAACAAUCUUCUCCUUCCUAAUAGGACUCAUAUCCAUCAAAUCACCCACGGCAUUCAACGGCGUAAUCUCCCUAACCCUGGCCUCCCUCUACUCAUCCUAUUUCAUAGCCUGCGCACUCCUCCUCUGGCGUCGCUGCACCGGCUCCAUAGUCAUGCUCUCCCAAAACGACACCACAAUUGCCAAUCUCCCCGGCGCCGCAGGCAACCUCGCUUGGGGACCUUUUCGCGUUCCUGGAAUCGCGGGGAUCUUGAUCAAUGUAUUCGCAUGUAUAUAUCAGAUGGUGAUUCUGAUUUUCACGUUUUGGCCGACAACGAUACCGACGACGGCUGAGACUAUGAAUUAUAGCUCGCUAGUUUUUGGAGCGGUGGCGCUGCUUAGUGCGGUUUAUUAUGUAGGUUGGGGACAUAGGACGUAUAAGGGGCCGGUAAUUGAGGUUGAUAUUGCGGGGAGGAGUGUGGGUGAGAAAUAA